AUGCAUUCUUUGAUUCCGCUUCUGGUUGGGAGUGUGACAGCAUUGGUGCACAACAGGACCCAAGAUGUCUUGAUCCGCCAGCAUUUCGUGCAACAUCUCAACUUGACCUUUGUUGAGACCAAAGGACUGCCACCGCCACCCCGUGAACGGGUUUCGGAGGCUUCACAGACUCCAGAUAUGCCAAGCCCGAAGGACUUUGUGAGUUUGAUCUUUGGCCUUCUCGCCUUCAUCUUGGCAAUUUCCAUCCAUUGGUUCAACGAGGAGAGAAGCGCGAAAAUCGAGGUCUUGCUGACGAAGGGCCUCGAAGACUGCAGAAGUGUGGAUGCAAACCAUCUCAACACCGAAAACCGGGGCAGAUUGGUUCACGUGCAGGGAAGAGCCACGGGCAGGGUGCCAAUAGCUGAUGCUCAAUUUCAGGAUGCCGUAGUGCAUGACUGUCUCAAGCUUCAAAGCACCUUAGAGGUUUUGCAAUGGGUGCCAGCUUCAGGACUCAUGAAGGAGUGCUUUUCAGCGAUCAAUGCGGUCCAUGUGAUCUACGCUUUGAAUGAGCUGGCAAGGUCAAAGCUACCUCAGGUUGUUUUGGAGACCUUGCAUGAGAUGCAGUUUCACCUCUCGGUCGCUCUCAAAGCUGGUGAUUGGCAGUUUACCUUGCAUCUCUUGGACCUUACGAUGCGGUGGAGAGUCUCACCCAAUGUUGUUUGCUUAAACGCUGCUCUACAUGCGCUCGAGAGAAGUUGUAGAUGGAAAGAGGCUCUUUGGAUCUUUCAGGCUGUCUUUCAGGGCCUCUCUUUAGCCUUCGACAGUUUUGACUCGAAGUUUGCAGAGCCUUUCUCCCCGUUUUGGAAUUUACAUCCAGAUGUGGUGACCUUCAACACUGCGAUCAGUGCGUGUGCGAAGGGCAGUUCCUGGCUUUCGUCACUGGAGAUGUUUAGUGUACUUUGUGAGCAGCAGUUGCAGGCUGAUCAUGUCACCUUCAAUUCGGUCCUGAAUGCCUUCGGCUUGACCUGGCGAUCAUCCUUGGACCUAUUGGCUCAGAUGGGGGAUUCUGAGACUGCACCUGACAUCAUUUCCUAUAACACGUGUAUUAGUUCGUGUGGACAUUGGCCUGUGGCUGUGCAACUGCAGCAGCUCGCAACGAGCAACCAACUCAGGCUGGAUAUAAUUAGCUAUGCUUCAGCAUUCGAUGCUGUUCGAUCAAUUGAUGGCCUUUGGUGGCAAGUACUCUGGCAGCUGGAAGCGAUGUCGCAGGAUUCAAUGCGACCUGAGAGGGUUUGCCUGCGCUCAGUGAUCAACUCCUGCGAAAAGCAUGGCCAAUGGCAGAGGGCACUUGGCCAAUUGGCAAGCUUUGAUGAUGUUCGACUUGCUCGAGAUUUUUUGGCUUGGAGCGCAGCUACGAGUGUUUGCGCUACAUGUGGACUGUGGAGAGAUGCUUUUGUGCUGUUCGAAGGUAUUCGCCAGACCAGUGCUGGCACUUCCUGCAAUGUAGUUCUAAAUGCUUGCGAGCGAGUCAGCCAGUGGCAACGGGCAAUAGAAGUUGAAGCCACAGACGACAACCCAACAGUCGUUAGUUUUAGCUGUGUUAGCAGCGCGUUGGAGAAAGCCGGCGAAUGGCAUCAAGCCCUUCUUCUGCUUGGUGACAUGAAAGAUUGCUUGGUGCUGCCCAAUGUGAUCACCUACAGCGCAACAAUCAGUGCAUGUUCGAAAGGAAGCCAGUGGCAGCGCGCGGUUGCAAUUCUAUACAGCAUUGCCUUUUCGGACCUGCUGCCAGAUGAAAUCAGUUUCAAUGCAGCAAUCACCGCCUGUGAAAAAGCCGGGCAGUGGGAAUUCGCUCUUGAAUUGCUCGAAAAGAUGACUGAAUUCAUCCUGGAAUCCAGUGUUAUAAGUUGGAGCUCAGUUGUGAGCGCACUCGAGAAUGCAAAGAAGUGGCAGCUGGCGUUGGCAGUGCUGGAAAGCAUGCAGGGCCUUUCCAUUUUAUCCAACAGUAUCACGGUCAAUGCGGCUAUCAGCUCCUGUGAGAAAUGUUCGAAAUGGCAAAACGCCUUGCACCUUUUCUACUCGAUGCAGUUGAUGUCCAUUCAGCGCAGUGAAGUCUCCUUCAAUAGUGCCAUCUUGGCAUGUUCUCGAGCUCGUCAAUGGCAAAUGACCCUCGAACUCUUUGACAACCUGCAGCUUUCUUUGCUGGAAGUCGACGUUAUGCUAUGCACUGAUGAAUUGCGAGCAGUGUGGUCUGGCAAGCCACGAAGUGAAAUUGCUCGGUAGCCUCCGUGGGUCGCACGGGCGGAGAAUUUUGGACUCUGGUCCAAUUGCAAUGGGAC